AUGACUGUCCAUGAGACGAAGAGCCCGGAGAUCUCCGCAGAUGAGAAAAACAUAUCUGGGGCCAAUUCUUCAGAUGACUCGGAUAAGGAAUUUCAGCAAAUCAGUCCAACCGAUGGCAAAAGUACAUUCGACUCGGGUGCAGGUCAUCACCUCUAUCGACCAAUCGACAGCUACGAGGGAAUUCAUAGAUGGGAUCCGGAUUUUGAAUGGACUGAAAAUGAAGAAAAACGAAUUGUUAGAAAGAUCGAUGCCCGUGUUUGCACCUUUGCCUGCGUGACCUUUUUUGCCCUACAGCUUGAUCGGGGAAAUAUUGGCCAGGCACUUGCAAGUACACUUUUGCAAGACUUACACAUGACUACGAAUGACUAUAAUUUGGGCCAGACCGUCUUUCUGGUGUGUUUCCUGUUAGCGGAGAUGCCGUCACAGUUGAUAUCCAAAAGGUUGGGUCCCGAUCGUUGGAUUCCUCUUCAAAUGGUGAUGUGGAGCGUGGUUGCGGCUUGCCAGGCCUUCAUAAAAGGGAAACCCUCUUACCUGGCUUGUCGGGCUUUGUUGGGGCUAUUAGAAGGUGGCUUUAUCCCCGACACAAUUCUGUUCCUAUCUUUCUUCUAUAAAUCGAGUGAGCUUCCAAAGCGAUUGGCCUGCUUUUGGAUCUCAUACACAGUUACGACUAUCAUUGGAGCAUUUCUGGCCUUCGGCUUCCUCCAUAUAAAGGAUGCUAAUGGUGGUGGAUCUUGGAAAUACGUGUUUGCCUUCGAGGGAAUGAUAACUGGUCUCAUCGGAAUUAUUGCCUACUUUUGGAUGCCUGCAUCGCCAGUUCAAACCAAGGGAGGGCUUCGUGGAAAGGAUGGGUGGUUUAACGAACACGAAGAAAAGAUCAUGGUGAACCGCGUCAUCCGUGACGAUCCCAGCAAAGGAAGCAUGCACAACAGGGAAGGACUUAGCCUGCGGCUAUUUUGGGAGUCUCUCAAGGACUUCCAUAUGUGGCCUAUUUACCUACUAGGCUUGAUAUGGAUGAUUCCCACCACGCCUGCAACCAACUAUCUCACGUUGCAACUACGUUCCCAGGGAUUCACCACAUUCCAGACAAACCUGUUAACGAUUCCAUCGGCUGUCAUCGGGAUUAUUACUUUGAUGUCUAUAACGUGGAUUGCAGAGCGCACAAACCAACGCUUACUCUGGGGAGCAGGAGUCGAGGUGUGGAACCUUGUCUUGCUGAUAGCCUUGGAACUCCUGCCUCAGGAAACUCUACCCUGGCCUCGGUGGGCUGUCCUUACUCUUCUUGUGGCUAGUCCGAGCAUUCAUCCUGUCGUGGUCGCCUUGACCUCCCGGAACGCAGGAUCUGUGCGGACUCGUACCAUUGCUUCUGCAUUGUACAACAUGUCUGUACAGAUAAGCAAUAUUGCAGGUGCUAAUAAAUACUCACACUAUAAACAGGUCUAUCAAGCAAAGGAUGCCCCGUACUACAGACACGGGAAUAAAGUUCUGAUCGCACUUGCUGUUGUUAGUAUGGCUCUAUUUGUGGCUGCAAAAUUCUACUACGACUGGUGGAAUAGGCACAACGCUGCCAAAUGGAACGCCAUGACCCAUGAGCAACGAGAAGUAUAUUUGAGUGAAAACAAAACUAUGACCAACAAGAGACUUGAUUUUCGAUUUGCCCGCUAA